AUGUCAAAUCCAAGUCUAAUCGCACAGAAUCAGAAGGCGAUCCAGGAAAGGAUCUUGUGUUUGCAAGGUAAUAACUUAGGAUAACAUUAAAAGUUUCCUCGUUUCAUGUUAUUAUAGAUGUUUUGUUGUAUUGUUUGUAUUAUUUUUGUGUCAAGCUAUUAGCAGACUUGUUUUAAUUGGUUUUUAUUUUGAAAUGUAUAAUAUAGUGCGUUUCAGGACGUUUGGCGGAGAUUGUGGAGCAUAAGGACGGCAAUAAUAUGUUCAACCAGUCAGAGUUCAGCGAUUUUAAAGUCAAGGUUGGGAAGACGAACACCAAAACAUACUUUGUAAGUUAUUUUAAUUUUUGGUUGAAUUUUAGGUAUAAAACAAGUAAUUUACAUUGGAAAGCAAAGGUUUUGGCAUUCAAAAACGUUGUUGUAGAAGAUUCAUUUCUUUUCAAAUUUUAGGUAACAAAAACCUACUGCUUUGGAGUUUAACCUUUUACUCUUUUCAAGCGUUCAUUUUUAACUUUUUUAGGUAUCAAGGUUCUUGAUGGCUCAAAGAUCUAGCGUCUUUCAGACCAUGUUCAAGACCCAAUUCAAAGAAGUUAUGGACGAAGAGAUGGAGAUCAAAGCUGAUGUCAAUGCUGUGGAAGCGAUGCUGUUAUUCAUUCACCAGAACAAGAAGGUGGAAAAUGUUGAUCUGGCUAUGAAAGUUGUUCAGCUAGCUCAUCUCUACGAAAUCAAUCUUCUGCAGGUAAUUAUAUUAUUAAUCUAAAUCGUUUUGCUUUAGGUAAUAUUACCAAGGUAAUUCGUUUUACUUUGUAUUAAACCUUUGUUUUAGGACCAAUGUGAGCUGUUUCUAUUGGAGAACAUCAAACUAAAGCGUGCUCAAGAAUGCUGGACUGUGGCCGAUAGCCUGGGCAUGGACUAUUUGGCUUAUAAAUGUGUUGAGGUUAUCUAUUUGAACUACAGGUUGCCUGAACUCAAACCUGAUGUUAAGGAGCAAGUGAAUGAUGUCCCAGUAGUCAAGGAGAUUGUGUUCAACAAAUACGAUGCUCUAGAUUUCACGGAUUUGCACUUGAAUGGUAGGAAGAAGUUGUUGGUGCGGUUGAAGAAUCAUAUGGGUAGAGGAGAUAUGCAUUUUUAUUGCGGAUUUCGCAAUGAUCGUCAGCACAAUGUAGCGAAGAAUGGUUCUGAUGUUGAAAUUUUGUUUGAUGCGGAUGAGAUGAAGACGAAAUACGCUGGAAAACAAGAUUUUGUUAUCAUUUGGGUAUAUUCUUAUGCCGGUGGGAAUAAAAUAAUCGAGUGUUUUAUGGUAUAUUUCUAA